AUGGCGCCGAUCAAGCGGAAAGGGAAUGCCCCCGAGGAAACGGCUACUCGUCAGCCUCAGAAGCGCGCUAAAGUGGGUGCAGAUGAGCGCAAAAAGGAUCAGAAGAAAGAAAAAGAUGGUCCGACACCGAAAGCUUCAGACCUGUCUGUGCUACGGGAGGAUGAACCAUCAUUUCCCCGUGGUGGUGGCAGCGUCCUGACGCCAUUGGAGCGCAAGCAAAUUCAGAUCCAGGCGACCAAGGAUGUCCUGUUUGAACAGAAGGGACCGAAAGGACCGAAGAAGCCAGCCGGUGUACUCGAAGAUGCCGACGAGGACGACGUUGAAAUGGAAGACGCAGAGGAUACUGCGCCUGUUACGAAAAAGUCGCGGAAGAAGAAGACAAAGGGAAAGAAGGAUGCCGGCCAGGAGCCCGCUGAGAAGGAGGAUGUCCGCAUUGAGGGUCUGACCUUUAAGCGCAUUGUUCCUGGGUCUAUGAUUCUUGGUCAGGUGUCGAGUAUCAAUGCCCACGAUAUUGCCUUGUCCCUCCCCAACAAUCUCACUGGCUACGUCCCUCUCACCGCGGUCUCGAAGGGCAUCGAACAAAAGAUUGAGAAGAUGCUUAACGACGAGGAGGGCGAUGAUGAGGAAGAAAGCUCGGAUGAGGAUUCUUUGGAAUUGAAAGACUAUUUCUACCUGGGUCAAUAUUUGCGAGCAUUCGUGGUGUCCGCCGGUAGCAACACCAAUGAGACUAGCGGCAAAAGCAAGAAACGCAUUGAACUGUCGGUUGACCCUAGACAAGCCAACACCGGUCUCUCCAAAACCGACCUGGUUGCGAACUCCGCUGUUCAAGCAUCCGUCGUCAGUGUGGAGGACCACGGCUUGGUCAUGGACCUUGGCAUCGAAGGCUCCGUGAAGGGCUUCAUGUCCUCCAAGGAAGUCGACCCUCGAAUUGAGUAUUCGAGCAUCAAGGAAGGAUCCGUUUUCUUGUGUAUGACCACAGGCCAGAACACCAGUGGCAAUGUUGUCAAACUCUCGGCCAAUCUCCAAUCUUCCGCCUCGAUCAAAAAAUCUCACUACCUCAGCUCCGCCCCUACCAUCACUUCUUUUCUUCCAGGCGUUGCUGCUGAGAUUCUUUUGACUGAGGUUACGUCACAUGGAAUGGCUGGAAAGAUCAUGGGCAUGCUGGACACCACGGUGGAUUUGGUUCACUCUGGCGCCAACGCUGGCAAGGAUGAUUUGGAGAAGAAGUUCAAAAUUGGUGCCAAGAUGAAGGCCCGUAUCAUUUCGACAUUUCCAUCCGCGGAACCAUUCAAAGUUGGGUUUUCGAUGCUGGACCAUGUUCUCAAGCUGUCGCCCGAUGCGCAUGGCCCUGGUUCGUCCGACGAUGCACCAGCUAUCUCCGCAAUCGUUUCCGAGGCCAAGGUUGUAAAGGUCGACUCCGGUCUUGGUGUCUAUGUUCAGCUCGACGGAACGGGCCACCUUGGGUUUGUCCACAUUUCUAGGCUAUCAGACGGCAAGGUCGACUCUAUCUCCGCUGAGUCGGGCCCGUACAGCGUUGGGUCUUCCCAUGAGGCCAGAAUCGUCGGGUACAACAUGCUCGAUAACCUCUACCUCCUGUCAUUCGAAAAGACUGUCAUCGAACAGCCCUUCCUUCGCAUUGAGGAUGUCACUGUUGGCGCGACUGUGAAAGGAAAGGUAGAGAAGAUAUUGAUUGGUCCUUCGGGAAUGGAUGGAUUGAUUGUUGGUCUGGCGGAUGGGAUUAGCGGACUUGUGCCUUCUAUGCACUUUGCAGAUACCCAGCUUCAGUUCCCAGAGAAGAAGUUCCGGGACGGCAUGAAAAUCUCGGCCAGGAUUUUGUCAGUCAACCUGGAGAAGCGCCAGAUUCGCCUGACCCUGAAAAAGAGCUUGCUCAACAGCGAAUCUGCGAUCUGGAAGGACUACGAAGGCAUUGUUGCUGGGUCUCAAUCCCCUGGAACUAUAGUCAACCUUCAGACACACGGUGCUGUUGUUCAAUUCUACGGCUCUAUUCGUGGCUUCUUGCCCGUGUCGGAGAUGAGCGAGGCUUACAUCAAGGAUCCAGCCCAGCAUUUCAAACUGGGUCAAGUGGUCAACGUUCACGCACUCAGUGUGGACGCAUCAAAGGGCAGACUUACUGUGUCGUGUAAGGAUCCCUCGACAUUUACAGAGAAAUACCGCAAGGCAUUUGAAAAUAUCCACCCCGGUCUCCUCGUUACCGGAACCGUGUUUGAAAAGUCCAGCGACGACGUCCUGCUUAAGCUCGACGACUCAGGGCUGGUCGCUCGUCUGGACGCUCAGCAUAUCAUCGAUGGGUCGCCGUCCAAGCAGAGCUCAACUCUCUCCAAGAUUCGAGUUGGACAAAAGCUGAACGAUCUUCUGGUUCUCGAUAUCCAGCGUUCCCGCCGUCUCAUCAGAGUGUCUGGCAGAGCCAGCCUGAAGAAGGCCUCCAAGGGCAAGACCAUGCCCAGCCAAUUUGAUCAACUACAGGAGGGUUCCACAGUCACGGGUUUUGUCCGGAAUAUCACUCCCGCUGGUGUGUUUGUCGAGUUCCUCGGUGAGCUCAAUGGUUUGGUCCCGAAGCGUCUCAUCGAAGAUGCCAACCUCUCGCAGCCCCAGUUCGGCCUGUCGAAGGGACAAACCGUCUCUGUAACAGUCCACUCCUUGGAACUUGACUUGCAGCGUUUCAUCCUGAGCAUGAAGCCUGUUGAAGCCACCCGUGCAGGCCCUAAGCAGAAAGCUGCGCCUACUGAUGAUGUCGUCGCAAACCCCGCUGACGACAAUAUCAAGACCAUAUCCGACUUCACGUUCGGGCGAAUCGUCAAGUGCAAGAUUGCUUCCGUUAAGGCCACCCAGAUCAACGUCCAAUUGGCAGACAACAUCCAAGGUCGGAUUGACGUUUCCGAGGUCUUCGACAACUGGGAGGAUCUCAAGGAUCGGAAGCAGCCUCUUCGAUUCUUCCGUCCCAAGCAGGAACUCUCUGCUCGGAUCCUGGGCAUUCACGAUGCUCGCAACCACAAGUUCUUGCCUGUCAGCCAUCGCACCGGAAAAUACCCAGUGUUCGAGCUCACGCUCAAGCCGAGCUUCUUGAAAGCAGCCAAUCCAGCUCCGCUGAACCUGGAGCAAGUUAAAGUCGGCUCGUCUUGGAUGGGCUUCGUCAACAAUGUUGCCGAUGACUGUCUCUGGAUCAACCUAACCCCCAACGUGCGAGGCAGACUUCGCUUCAUGGAUGCAUCGGAUGACCUGUCUCUGUUGACGGAUGUGGAGAAGAACUUCCCCAUUGGAUCUGCCCUCAAGGUCCAAGUUACUGCUGUUAACCCUGAAAAGGGCCACCUUGAUCUUUCCGCCCGCCAGGGCUUCGACAAGCUCACCUUCGGAGAUAUCACCGUCGGCAUGAUCUUGCCUGGAAGAGUUACCAAGGUCACCGAGCGCCAUGUACUCAUGCAGCUCGGUGAGGGGCUUGUCGGUGCCGUCAAUAUGAUUGACCUCGCCGACGACUAUUCCAAGGCUAACCCGACUGUCUACCACAAGAACGAGGUGCUUCGCGCCUGUGUGGUUGCCGUUGACAACUCAAGCAAGAAGAUUGCCUUGUCGCUUCGGCCUUCCAAGGUUCUCAGUUCAUCGAUGCCAGUCCAAGAUCGCGAAAUCACCUCCUUGAAGGAACUGAAAGUCAACGAUGUCGUUAGAGGCUUUGUGAAGAAGAUUGCAGACUCCGGUCUCUUUGUUACCGUGGGCAACGAUGUGACUGCCUACGUUCGUGUGUCCGAGCUUUCGGAUUCAUACCUCAAGGAAUGGAAGGAUUCCUUCCAGGUGGACCAGCUGGUCAAGGGCCGGGUCACUCUGGUGAACCCAGAGCAGGGCAAGCUGCAGAUCAGCCUGAAGGAGUCUGCGCUGGACCCCAACUACAAGACUCCGGUCCGGCUUGGAGACCUCAAGGUGGGCCAGGUGGUGACGGGUAAAAUCCGCAAGGUCGAGGAAUUCGGCGCAUUCAUCGUCAUUGACCGCUCCGCUAAUAUCAGCGGUCUCUGCCACCGCAGCGAAAUGGCUGAGAAGCGCGUUGAAGAUGCUCGGACUUUGUAUGACGAAGGCGACGCCGUGAAAGCCAAGAUCAUUAAGAUUGAUCGUGAGCAGAACAAGAUCUCGUUCUCACUCAAGGCCUCCCACUUCCAAGAUGAGGUUGACGAGGAGAAUGACAGCGAAGACGAAGAAGAUGGUGUGAGCAUUGACGGUCUUGGCGGUGUCGAGGUCGGAGACAGCGACAACGAAGACGAGGAUAGUGAUGAUGAUGUGUCUAUGGGAGGACUCGAUUUGGAAGAUGACAGUGACGAGGAAGCCUCGGACAGUGAUGAAGAUGUGCCGAUGAAAGACAGCAAGCCCACCAAAACUGGAGGACUCGGUGCGGCUGGCUUUGACUGGAGCGGCAACGUCCAAAAUGAUGAGGCUGAGGUCGCCGCCCCAGACAGUGAUGAGGAGCAGACGAAGAAAAAGAAGAAGAGCCGCAAGCCCGAGAUUCAAGUCGAUCGCACCGGCGAUCUGGAUGCCAACGGCCCACAGUCUGUCGCGGAUUACGAGCGUCUUCUUCUUGGCGAGCCUGACUCGUCGCUUCUGUGGCUGCAGUACAUGGCGUUCCAGCUGGAACUGGGCGAAGUCGAAAAGGCCCGCGCCAUUGCCGAACGUGCGCUGCGCACCAUCACCAUGGGCCAGGAUGCCGAGAAGCUCAAUGUCUGGGUUGCACUGCUGAACUUGGAGAACACCUACGGCAAUGAUGACAGCCUCGAGGACGUCUUCAAGCGCGCUUGCCAAUACAACGAACCGCAGGAGAUUUACGAGCGGAUGAUCAGCAUCUACAUCCAGUCCGGCAAGAACGAGAAAGCGGAUGAGCUCUUCGGGGCAGCUCUCAAGAAGAAGAUCUCCACCCAAUCCCCCAAGUUCUUCCUCAACUUCGCCACUUUCCUCUUCGACACGAUGGCCGCACCGCAGCGUGGCCGGGCUCUUCUGCCACGCGCCAUUCAGUCGCUGCCAAAGCACACUCACGUCGAGACGACCACCAAGUUCGCACAACUGGAGUUCCGCUCCGCGAACGGCGACGUGGAACGCGGCCGCACCGUGUUCGAAGGCCUGCUAUCCUCGUUCCCCAAGCGCAUUGACCUGUGGAACGUGCUUCUCGACCUAGAGACCAAGGCCGGCGAUGCGGAGCAGGUUCGCCGGCUGUUUGAGCGGGUCCUCGGCCUGCAGAGCGGCAAGAAGGGUGGCGCUGUUAUUAGCGUAGACGAAAGCAAGAAGCUCAAGCCCAAGCAGGCUCGGUUCCUGUUCAAGAAGUGGCUGGCCUUUGAGGAGAAGCGGGCUGCUGCCGGAGAGGGAGAUGAGAAGAUGGUCGAAGAAAUUAAGGCGCGCGCUGCGGCGUAUGUCAAAUCUCUGCAGAAGGAAGAGGAUGAAGGCAUCAUCCAAUUUAUCUCCCUCGCCUGGGGCAUCGUCCUCGGCUUCUUCCCAGACGAAUACGACCGCGCAGCGCAGCACUGGAAGUAUAUCGACGACGGCCACAUCGUGGAGGAUAUCUCGCACUGGCCGACGGAUAUCUCGCGGGACAUCAUCCCCGUGGCAUGCCACUCGCACAACGACUACUGGCGGCGCGUCCCGCUGUACUCCGCCCUGCAAGCCGGCUGCAUCGGCGUCGAGGCAGACGUCUGGUCCUUCGACGAGGACGAGCUAUACGUGGGACACACGCGGUCCUCGCUGACCUCCCGUCGCACCCUGCGGUCGAUGUACGUCGACCCACUGGUCACGAUUCUCGAGCACCAGAACCCCGUCACCAGGUUCCAGCCGCGAAUCGACGGCCGUCCGCUGCAUGGCGUCUUCGAUACAGAUCCGUCCCAAACGCUGAUCCUGCUGGUUGAUUUGAAGACUAACGGCGCAGCUACCUGGCCGGCUGUCGUGAAGGGGCUUGCACCGCUGCGCGAGCGCGGCUAUCUAACCCAUUUCAAUGGCCGCGAGGUCGUCCGUGGUCCCAUCACUGUCGUCGGAACGGGAAAUACGCCCUUUGAUCUCGUCACGGCCAACUCGAGCUACAGGGAUAUUUUCUUCGACGCCCCGCUCGACAAGCUAAUCGACGAUAAUGACAAUAGCAAUGACAAUACUACCUCGUCGGCACAAACCCCCUCAGAUCCCUUCGUGACAACGCGCUCCCUGGACUACGACCAAGGCAUAUCAGGCAUCCCGGCCGUGAUAACAGCCAACACAUUCAACACCACGAACAGCUACUACGCCUCGGUUUCGUUUAAAAAAGCCAUCGGCUUCCCCUGGCCAUUCCAUUUCACGGAGAGCCAAAUGACCCGUCUCCGGAAGCAGAUCCGCGUCGCGCAUGCGCAUGGCUUGAAGGUGCGGUAUUGGUCGCUGCCCAGUUGGCCGCGGAGCCUGCGUAAUCAUAUCUGGCGCAUUCUCGUGCAGGAGGGCGUUGAUAUAUUGAAUGUUGAUGAUUUGGUCGCGGCUACAAAGGGGGAUUGGAAUAUUCGUGUUUUUGACUGGUGGCUUUGA